UGCAGCCCACCUGUUGUACCUAUACCAUAUUCAUCAGGAAGUAUACACUAUUAAAGUGUCAUCUUGACGGUAAGCAACCAAUGGCCCAUGUGGUCCAUACGCCCACAACUCCUUCGUCAUGCACAAUGUGCCCCUUAGUGGAAAGCAGAUAUCUCGAAAAUGGAUCUUUCACAAGAGUGGCGGUUCAAUCUGAGAAUAAUGUCAAGACCACACCUACUUCUCAUAGGAACAAGAAACAUUGUUAUCAUCAUCUCAAAUCUCACACGAGGACAAACGCAGUAGCCUCAUCGGAUUAUUUGGCCAGCCCAUCGGUCGAGACCACCAAGCAAUCACAAAGUCUACCUUAUUACCACCCAAUCGAGGAUAAUGAGAGUUACAAACAAAUUUCAACUCGUAUUGAAUGCACAACAUCUUUCGCUAAAGUACCAAACAAAAUAAUAACUGUUAAUCAAUCCUCACUAAACUUGGAAAAUUUGUUACAACAUAACGACACUCCAAUUGCAUCUGCAACUGUAACGAUAAAUUUAAUUUCAUCUAAAAAUAAUUCAUCCCUUACAAAUAAUGGUAUUCUUUCAUAUAAUUAGUAAAUAAUUUUCCAAUGCUUGUUUCAAAAACGUAAUUUAUAAUUACAUCAGCAGAUAAUGAAAAUGAAAAACUAACAGUGGAAGUGACAAAAGCAAAUGGAAUUCGAUAUGACAAAGAUCAGAAUUUAGAUAUCCCUCAAGGAUUCACGGUUGAAAGAAAUAUUCAAAGUAAGAAACCUGUUUCUUCGGAGAACGAACAUCAGAAAAUUGAAUCAAAAUCAAAAAUGUACUUUAUUGCAAAUAGAACCACACAAAAGUUAUACAAUUUGGUCCAAGAUGGAGAAAAGAAGUUUUCCAAACCGGAUGGCGCCGCUGCUCUGUACAGAAGAAAUGGAUUGGAUCCCAAUCUUGCUGAACUACAAGGCAAAGAGGGAAAAUGGAAAUACUUGAAAUCUAUUCGAGCAGUACAAAAGCCAAAUGAUUCUUCUGCUGAUUUUAAAGUUCAAAAGCCAAAUGACUCAUCUUCUGCUGAUUUAAAAUUUCAGAAACAUAAUUUUUCUCCAGAUUUCAAAUUUCAAAAACCAAAUGAUUCUUCUACUGAUUUUAAAAUUGUCGCAAACAAAAUGGAACGAAAUGGAAAAAAAUCGAAUGAAAAAAUUAAUAAAAGAAAUCGAAAUUAUUUUCAACAGAUUCCUUUACCCUCAGCUGAAGAAUUGAUUUCCGACUAUAGAAAAUAUUUAUCCGAAGCUCAACUUAAGAAAUAUCAAUAUUGUUCGUCAAGGAGAAAUGGUCUUCAGGACGAAUGUUAUCUUUCAGUGCCUCGAGCUGUUGUACAACUGAAAAUAGAUGAAAUGAAGAAAAACGAAUGAUUUUUAUCAAAAUAAGAAAAAUGAAGUACACUUUUAAUGCAAAUUUUAGUGUAAUAUAAUACCUGCUAUGAGAAAUAAUUAUACUUUCCGAAUUCGGGUUACUUUCUUUUUUUUUAUGUAGCAAUAAGCUUCCAAAGGAAUAAAUUUUCAGUGAUUGAAACCGCAAUAUGAAUAUUUUACUAUUACACUUUAAAUAUACAAGAAUGGAAAAGGUACAACGACCUGGACCAAUUUCCUUCUUAGUCUUUCUGCGCCGACUGAAGAGUAUGAGAAAACUAGUAGAGUCAUAAAACGUCAAAAAUGGAGAAUCGGGAAGAGAAAGAAUUCAGACGAAAAGGUAACAAAAUAAAAAGUUUAAAAUAAAUGUAAAAAUAAAAAUAUUUUUAAGAAACCUUUUCCACUAAUACUUCAAAUGCAAAUUAAAUAAGACAAUUUUAAAUGCGAUUUGUUUUCUGAUGCACUGAGAAUAUUUUUCGAAAGAAAUACACAAAGAAAGGAGAGAAAAUGUAGAUAGAAUUACGAGGCAUUCAUUGUGGGGUGAAUUUUUUAUAAUAUACUUUUGUAUGAGGGUCACGACGUUGCCAAUAAUAUGUAUGAAAAGAGCAAACAAAACGCGGCGCAGGAAGUUGUUGCGUUCCAUUGGGAAUUCUCUUUCUUGAGAGAGAAAGAGAGAGAGAGAGAGCUCAGUGUUUAGUUGGACUGCCUCCAGAAUAAAAGACAAAAGAAAUAAAUUCAUCACUAGUCAGUAUUUAUACUAAGCAGGCGGGAAUUACAAAGAUUGCCAACCACCAUUAAUUACAUCUAUAUUUAUAUCAACCAUAAAGAAAAAUAGAAAAAAUGUUCCAUUCUCUUUUUUAUGGAAUUAUUUUUAAGAAGAAAGAAGAAUAAUUUUUAAAAGUAGAAAAAAUUUCGAAAUAUGUACAUUGAGUAAAAAAAAAGUUAAAACUAUACUAAGAAGGUAUGUUUUUAGCAUGAUUUGCUUGACAGAGCGGAAGUAACAAAACGUGAUUUGUACACAAGAGCACGCGACUUCCGUUCAUUUGACGUUAUGUAUUUAAAUAGUGACUACUGUAUACAUAAUGUUCGAAAUCAUUUUCGGUAGCUAUAUUACUUCCGGUUAUAAAUAAAUUACAAAAUUUUGUUAUUUUAAUUUGUUGCAAACAAAAAUUAAUGCAAAAUAUUUCUUAUAAAAAUAGAUCUAGAUUUAAAUUUCAUUCAAAAUAUCUUAAGCUAAUUUAGAACGAGCGUUAUAUUAUAAUCUAGGGACAAGGUUGGAGAGAGAAGAAAAUCAUAAAUGCAAGAUCAAUUCAUAACGAGUGAGAGAGAGAGAGAGAGAAGGAUGAGAUGAGACUUGAGAAAGGAAGAAAAUAUAUAUGUAUAUACAAAAAAGUGAAUGGAAAGAGAGGGUACAUAAGAUCGAGGAGAAUAAGGAUGCUGGAUAAGGGCGAGAGAAGAGAUCUCUAAUGUUUAUAUACUUUAAACACAGAGGUUUUAGACGCAAGAUAGAAAGAGAUAACAAGAAAGAGAGAGGAGAAAAAAAGGGAAAGGAGAUAGAGAGAAUACUGUGCAACCGCAGACACACGCUCGAUUCAAAACAAGUUCCAACCUAUACCGGAGGCUAGGGUCAUACUUUCUUAGGCAUUUAAACGUUUUCUGAUCAGUUCACGUCCAAUAAAUCAACUAUACGAUUGCAUAAUACGAUAAUAAAACAUGAUCGAUUAUUGAUCCUCGAACUAAAGAAAUCGUCUCAUUGAAAGAUAUUAAUUUAAUGUCAAAUCGAUUGUCACUAACCAAUCAUAUAAAAUAUAUAUAUAUAUCAAAAUCUAAUUAAAAUUAUCUCACGAUUUUUGUAUUUUUCCUUAUCUUAU